UCAAAAUGUUUAGAGAUGUAACGCGAAUAUGCUUGUGUUUCUUAUUGAAAAAAGAUCAUUUAGGACUGUUGUACAAUUUAGUAAAUUAGAUAAUAAUUUUACAUAACAAUUUUGCUUUCAAUAUGGACAAAAGGUCAAUGUCUACGGAAACAAAACCAGAAAAGAUAGAAAUGAACAAAAAUACCGAUUCUGUUCCUGAAACCGAUUCCAAAGUGACAGUAAAAGAAAACAAAGCGAGGAAGAAUGAGUGGGUCAAGUUAAAUGUUGGUGGGACGAUAUAUAUGACGACAAGAACAACACUGGGUAGAGACCACAAGUCAUUUCUUUACAGACUAGUUCAGGAUGAUCCAGAGUUGGGGCUGAAUACAGAUAAGGAUGAUGAUGGUGCCUAUUUGAUUGACAGAGACCCCACCUACUUUGGUCCAGUUUUGAACUAUUUACGCCAUGGGAAACUAGUCAUGAAUAAAGAUCUGUCAGAGGAGGGAAUUCUUGAGGAAGCAGAGUUCUAUAAUAUCAUGGACCUGAUUAAACUAGUGAAGGAUAAGAUCCGGGAGCGUGAUGCCAAACAGAACCAGACGUACAUGAAGAAUGUGUAUCGAGUGUUGCAAUGUUCAGAAGAAGAACUCACACAGAUGGUGUCAACAAUGUCUGACGGUUGGAAGUUUGAGCAGCUGGUGAAUAUUGGCUCUCAGUACAACUAUGGGUCUGAAGACCAUGCUGAGUUUCUGUGUGUCGUUUCCAAAGAGUGCCCCAGUAUACUGAACGGUCACGAGUGUGAACCCUCGGAUCGAGCCAAGGUAUUACAACAAAAAGGAUCAAGAAUGUGAUUUCCUGACGGAAUCCCUUGUGCUAAGUCAGUGUCUACACAGAAUGGGUCAGGUGUACCAUGCACAGACACAAGUCAGAUCGGUACACGUUGCUAUAGUUACCUGAAUCUUGGAACAAUCUGGAUGUGGUGAAAUCGCUGUGCCACGUGGCAGUUUUCACCUAGCAUAACCCAAGCCAAGAAACACAUUCAUUUGUAAAUAAUCCCAUUUUAUACACAGUGUGCGUGCGUGCGUUCUGUGAGAGGAGAACAAUCAAGCUUAUGUCAAAUUAUAUAUAUACAUGUUGUGAAUGAAUAUCAUGUGCUAACAAAGUCUGGGUUUUUUAACUUUUUGUGGAUGUGUGUGUGUGUGCAUGAUUUGUAUGUAAGUGCAAUUUACAUGUAUUCUUCUGAUAUAUAUAUAUAUAUAUAUUGAUGUUACUUUGCUUUGUACAAACAGAUAUUAUCGACUGUCACAUAAUUAUGCUUUGUACAGGUGGAUGCUAUCGACUGUCACAUACUUAUGCUUUGUACAGAUGGAUGCUAUGGACCGUAAGAGCUGAUCUGAUCUUUGUGUGCUAACUAAUCGGCUCUCUCUACAUCUUUGUGUGCUUACAUAAUCCAAUGUUUUACUCACUUUCAUUAGUGUCUUUUGACACAAGAAUAUCAAGUGUUCCUCUUGCUAUUACAGCAUGUUCUAGUCAUUAGACGAGGAUGUCAUCAAUUGAGCAAAUGAUUUUGUGUGGUUGCAGUUUUGUUUGGAACUAAUAACUGCUUCAGUAGCACUGCUACUAACACUUCGUUAACUGUUAGAUGACAAAGUCAUUUUUAUUUUACUUUUCACGAUAGUUAGGCAGUGACAUUGAUGAGGUAUAAUUUUUGUGUUUGAUGAUCAUGGUAGUAAUUGGUUGAGUAUUGGAAUAUUUGUGUGUAUGUUCAAGCAUGCUUGUGUGUCAAAGGGACAUUCCCGAGUUUGCUGCAUUGUAAGAUGUUUCAGACCAAUAAAAUAUUUCUACGAUUAAACUUA